GAAAUAGAUAAACUCUUAAUCAUAGAUAAAUGGAACAUUUGAACUCCUUAUUUGUAUAUUCGGCGACUUGUUCAGAGCGUGCCUGGAAAUUGCGACAGUGCCGUAAACCAUGUCCGGUUUCCAGCUGGGUGUUCCAUGGAAACACAUUCACGUCUUACGUUUUGUUUAUAUGCCUGGGGAGCCAACAGCUACGGUCAGCUGGGACAGAGCCAUGUGGAGGACCAGUGCGUACCGUGGCUCUCUGAAAGCUCGGCUCUGCACGACAGGACGGUCCGGGUUGUGGAUGGAGGAGGGGGUCAUUCUGUGGUUCUCACCGCAGAGAGUGGAGAGGUGCUUGUUUGUGGCCAGAAUCACAGAGGCCAGCUGGGACUUGGUCACAGCACUGACGUCUUAACCCUUCAGCUCUGCCCCGUCUUGAAUCACAGAGUCGCAAAUGUAGCCUGCGGCUGGGAUUUUACACUUCUUCUCACUGAUUCUGGUCAACUACUUGCAUGUGGCUCUAAUGCAUUUGGACAGUUGGGUGUUGGACAGACAGUCACACACUCAGCUGAGCUUCUAGCUGUUGAGGCUCUUAAAGAGCCAGUAGUGAGUGUAGCAGCAGGACUGAGACACUCACUCGCCGUUAGUGCCUCGGGCUCCGUGUAUCAGUGGGGAACCGGUCUUUUUAGUCAUGCUAAGAGAGCGCUCAGUUCCCACCCUGCUCCAUCACAUCUGAACUCCAAACUUCCCUGUCCAGUACCAGGUCUCGGCCAGAGGAAAGCACAGCUUGUAACAGCUGGUUCAGCACACUGUGUGUGUUUAACAGAAGGGGAAUUAUUCCUGUGGGGAAGCAAUAAACAUGGCCAGCUGGCUACAGCGGAGCCCUUUCUGCCCUCUCCCAGUCUGCUGAAUCGAUCUCUGCUGAAGGGAGAGAAGGUUACGGGUGUGUGCAGCGGCUGGACGCACGUUGUUGCUCAAACAGCAAGUGGCAGAGUAUUCACAUGGGGGAGAGGAGAUUAUGGACAGCUUGGUCGAUCAGCCUCGGUCAGUGAGAACGCCGAGACGUCGAUGGGAAACAGGAAGGAUUGCAUCCCUGUUGAAGUUACAUCCCUCCACGCAGCAACUCAGAUUGUAUGUGGAUCUGAACACAACCUUGCCAUUGUAGGGGGGUGCCUGCUGUCGUGGGGCUGGAACGAGCACGGGAUGUGUGGGGACGGUUCGCAGGCUGACGUCUUUCUUCCUCGGCUCGUUUCUGAUCUCAGGCCUGUUCUCAUCGGCUGUGGUGCUGGACACUCAAUGGCAGUGUGUGGCGUGACGACAAGUUUAACGCAGAACUCUGUCCACACUUGGGAAGAACUGGAGCACAAGCAAAGUUCCCCUUUUACUGAGUUUUAAAAACACUACCUCAGUCUAUGUUCAUUUGUCAUGUCGAAGCUGCUCUAAGUCAUGCAGGAAGUUGACUGUUCUGGUGGUUCUGUCACUCUGACCGUGUUGCAAUGUUUUAGAGACUGGUACAGAUUUCAGUUUUUCUCUGAAUUUUGACCUGCUAAUUCCGAUUUUUACCCUUUAUUUUAUUUUUAACACCAAAUGAUUGUAACCAGCGUUUCUACAGUCUUAAAAAUUCAUGAGCAGUCUUAAAUGUAACUCUCAAAGUUAAGCGCUAACCUGCAUUUUGCCGCAACUUAGACGUCCUGUCCUGUUGCAGCCUGAUGUCCUGCAUGUUUCGAAUGCAUUUUCUAAGCAUUGCAUCAAAAUUUAGAGGUGUCUGCUAAUCACUCAUUUAUUUGGUUGAGUUAUAUUAAACCAGGAAGACAUUUAAGGUCUUCAGGAAAACAGCCCUUUAGUUGUGACUUUUGAACAGCCCUGGUUUGAGUAAAAAAUAAAAUAGAAAUGUUUUUGGUAAAUUACCCACUAUGAGCUAAUUGUGAAUGAAAAAAAACAACCAACAAAUUUUUAACACGUUUUGGUCAGGAAAAACUUCAUGAACAGGGAUUUAUGAAGUAGUUGGCAAUUUGAAUAGAGGCACACUCAAAAUUAUUGAUGUGUACAUUUUAAUUAUGUUGAAUCUUUUUUGAUUUGCAUUAGUGUAUUAGUGGAAAUUUGUAUUUUAUUUAUUUAAUUUUUUUUUUUUACUUCAGAUGGCUAAAAAAAAUAAAAAUAAGUCAACACUCACUGAAUACUGAUUAUUUCGGUGUUUUUUAUUUAUCACUAUUUCUGUACAAGUCUGAACUGUAUUGGUCAAAAAACACACAAAACAAAAAUCCCUAAACAACAAACCAAUAAAAACGAUCACUGAACACCUCACUGAGAUAAGUAGCCACAAAACGCAUGGUGUUCAAAAACAAACACCCUAAGGUCUCACUAAGUCGCACACGUUAGUGUGCCAUAUUUGGCAUGCCAUAUUUGGCAUGCCAAAUAUGACAUGACAAACAUGCCAUAUUUGUCAUGUUGGUUCUCUUUAUACAAUAACCAUUGCUUUCUUUACUUUCCUUUUUUCUCUGUUGUUAAACGUUGACCAACGUACUGUCCCCCCGUUUGUGCUCAGCCAGCCUGCAGCCUGCUAUUUUUGGCAGAUUCAACUGAAUGCACGCGGAUCUCAAGAGGUUGUUGGCAGUGUGUUUGCAGUUGUUUGGUAAGAAGUUGGUCCCUUUUCACAAACUUUUCCACAUGAACAUUGAAUCGACCUUUUGUGCUCAAAUGGUGGUCCUUUGAGUUUUUUUGUUUUAAGAGGUAUGCUCAUUGCUUUACUGUGGAGGUUGAUCCGUACAGGGCUCCUUAUUGCAUCUGUCAUUUUGAGCAUUAGUUUCAAUGGCUGGUGACUGUUAAAUUAAAAUGUGGAUUAGGUAGUUGUGCACUGUAAUUCCCCUAAAUGAGAAGAAUAAUUUGCAUAUUAGAGGCACUUGUCCAAGUUGAUAACAGUUUGGCCUUUGUUGGUAUUACAUAUUACUAUCUGUGUGCACAUAUGUGUACAAGAAACAAAAAUAAUUCUACAUGAUUGUCAAUUAAAUCACAGCUGCUCUACAUAACAUUAAGAUGGUUUCAGAAGUAUGCGAUGGCAAAGUCGUACAUCCUGCAGUGCCUUAAAAAAAGUGUUUGCACUCCUUAAACAUUUUCAUGUCAUCUUACAACCACAAACAUAAAGGUUUUUUUUAUAUUAAUGCAAAUUUAUCACCUAAUUUUGAAGGGAAAGCAACAUAUUUUUAAUGUACUUUAUGAUUAAAAUUUUGAAAAGUUUGGCAUGAAUUUGUACUUUACCUUACUCUGGUAUCCCUAACUGAAACCAAUCCAAUUGCCUUCAGAAGCAAAUUCAUUAUUCCUACAUAAUUUUAUUGUAGUAUAAAUAGAGCUUUGAAGGUCCCAAGGACUUUUUAGAUGGCAUCAGCAAACAAACAUUAAUAUAAAGGUCAAGGAACAAGCUAGAAAGUUCACGGAUGACGUCGUGGAGAAACUUAAAGCAGAGUUAGUUCAUAGCUUAUGAAGUAAGGUUAUAAGUCUAGUCUGUCAUCUAAAAACGGGAAAAAGUACGGUGCAACUCCAAACUGAACGAGACACGGCUGCCCAGCUGACAGGCCAAAAGAAAGAACAUUAAUGAAAAAACCAAGAGGCUGGUGGCAUCUCUGGAGGAGCUGCACAGAUCCACAUCUCAGCUAAGGAAUGUCUCGACAGAACAACUAUUAAGUUGGCCUUUAUUGAAGAUUAUACCAUGAAGAAAGACACUGUUGAAAUAAAUUAACAAGUUCUGUUUGCAGCUUGCUGUAAACCAUGUUGGGGAAUAGAUACGACUCUAUUAGGGAUACCAAAAAAUAAAAACAUUAUUGUUUUAAAACUACUUUAAUUUGAUUUUCUUACAGUCAAGAGACUUUUUUGAGUCAAAGAAAUUAGAUGGGACCAGAUGUUGCUCUUACUAUGUGGGGCAUAAAACGGUGGUCCUGUUUUAAAACUUAUGCUCCCAGUGUUUUUCUGUAAGGAGCUAUGGAAGCCCAUUUCCGCCACUCUG